UGGAGUACUUGAGCUUCUGGUUUUCCUAGCUGGCUGUUUUCCAAAAGCCUCCAAAGACUUUUGGUAAUGUUUUUGUCCUGGGAAGAACUGUGUUUUAAAAAGUUGGUUUCUUACUUUUCCCUGCUGUCUAUUUCCCCCCACCCCUUGGGCCAGCUGUGUGACUCAGAUCAUGUGAUUCCCUACGAGUUUAAACUUGUUGCAAACAAUUGGUUAAGUAACUGUUAACUUUAAUGCCUGCGUCCUUCUGCGUUAUGGAGACUUCGCCUGACACAGCAGAUUAUAUCCUUCAGGCUCCUGUUUUCCACCCGGUCCUUCCCUACAUCACCACGAUUUUUGGCAGCCUGGCCCCUGGGCGAAUGGUUCUGGUGCAGGGCACGGUCCUAAUGGAGGCAGAAAGGUUCCAGGUUGACUUCCAGAUUGGCUGCAGCCGGAGCCCGAGGGCUGAUAUUGGCAUCCACUUUAAUCCCCGGUUCCGCCCACGGCCUCAUGUUAUUUGCAACGCUUUGAACAACGGUCGCUGGAUGGAGGAGAUGAAGUUUCUUAACCUGCCCUUGAAAGGAGGAGACACUUUCCAGCUGUUGUUCCUCUUUGAGCCAGACUACGUGAAGGUGAGCGUGAAUGGAGUCGAUUUCCUCCAGUAUCAUUUCAAUGUACCUCUGGCCCAGAUGGACACGCUAGGAGUUUCUGGUGAUGUCUUUGUGAAAACCAUUGCCUUCCUGGCCAGCAAUCCCUUUAACACCAGCCAAACAGUUUACCCUCUUGCCCCGCAUCUGUAUAUGAACAACCCUAAGCUGGCUGUACCUCUGACCCACCAGCUCCCCCAGCCCCUCAAGCCAGGGGACGUGAUCACAGUGCGAGGAUUGGUGCAUCAGGAUCCAAAAGAGUUCCACGUCCGCCUGAAGAAAGACCCCUCUUGUGCCAUCUUGAGCUUUAGUGUUUGCUUCACAAACCAGACAGUGUUAUGGCAGGACCGAGGACGAGACUCUGAGGAGAAACUGGUGGCCUGUUUUCCCUUCUACCCACAGCGAUACUUUGAGCUGCUCUUCCACUGCGAAAAGGACCAUCUGAAACUGGCACUGAAUGGGGCACCACUCGGACAGCAAAGCCUCCUUUUACCGCCCGCUGAGCCCAUCACAGAGCUGGAACUCAAAGGAGAUGUCACACUUUACAGCAUCCUGUGUUGAACUUGCCCUGGUUGGGUCAGCUCCCUUGCCAUUUUUCUGAGGAGGAAGUUGAGCUACAUCCUGUGGGGUGGUUCUCUUGGUCCACUUUCGAAAGCAGCAGGAGAGAGCAGAUAACAGGGUGCACCUGUGUGUGUGUAUCAGAUACCCUGUGCUUAGAAAGCUAGUGUGACAGGCAAAAUGGUAGGCUGGAACCUUUAUUCCUAGCUUUCCAGGGGAAGGGAUGACUUGAGCAUGGAGGAACCUUUUGAUAGAAUGAUGCUCUUGCACUCUCUGUGAAAAAGGGAGAAUGGGUAACUUCCCAUGUGCCUUUUCGGAAUAUGCAGAUCUGCUCUGCUCAGCUGUUUUAAAGGAACCUUGGAUGUUCAGGCUGUAGAAUUUGACGAGCUUCUGAGGAAAAUGCAUAACUUAUUUGUAAUGAUUUGUAAGUUUGUGACUGUAAGCCAUGGUCUUUCUCUUCCUAAGUAUUAAUAAAAGGACAGUGUAUUUAACUCUGCCAGUAUUGAGUGUCCUGCAGAGGAGACCUGUCCAACCAGGACAUGGCAAAGACUUUGCUUGUACAUAGAAAAAAAAGAGGCCUGACUUCUGAGCAGCAUCUGAGAGGAUUGGCUCUGUGAUGUCCUUCUGAUAACCUGGCAGCUGCUACCAGCUGGCAUUAUAAGGCUGGUUUAGGCCAGUCUCUUGGGAGGUGGAGUGGGAUUUAUGUUAGGUCAAUAGAGACUCGAACAAAAACAUUCAAAUCUGGCUUUAUAUUCUCUCUCAUCCAUCUCCUGUCCUCACUCCCGGAAGCUCAUUGAGGUCUACAUUUUGACCAUGUGAAGCGGCUGGUUCAGAGUUAUCUCUUACAGUGGUUUCCAGACUUUUGAAUAUGUAGCCCACAAGUCCAUAUUUACAAGGUGUGGCAACCCACUUACUGGAGUAUGCAAAAACAGAUAAAACUGCAAACGCCUGGGAUCCACUUUCACAGGCUUCGUGACCCACUUUGGGGUCAGGAUCCACAGGUUGGGUAAUGUUGAUCUCUAUGACUUUGCGGCUGAGGAAGGAUUCGAACCCAGUUCUUGCCAUUCCAAGAACAGCUCUUUAUCUCCCCCGCUCACAGUAACGUUCCAAAGAAAUGGUAGUUGGAAAAUUUUUUGCAAGAGAUUCCUUGGAGUUUUCCACUCCAGGAUAAUUUAUGAUUUCUUGUUGCUGCUUAAGGACACAUCCGUAACAGGGCUUCCACAUCCUGAGCUUUCCUCCACUCUAUGGGCCAAGAUACAAGUGACAAAUGACGCUUGAACGGCAAGUGGAUUGAGUGGAGGGGAAGUGAACAGGGAGAAAUACACUUGCCGUUCAAGUGUCAUUCGUCACUUGUAGCUUGGCCCUAUGUAUUUCCCCCACUGUUUCCCCUCUACAUGACUCGGCAAAAUCUCUGCAUUUUCUCUCUAGGAUGAUUUCAUAGUAAGUCACCAUCCUUUUUCAAAAAAUGCUUUCUGCUCAUGCCCUAGAUCCAUUUAUCAGGCUAGCAUUGUUCCCGCGCUCACCUGGAGCUCUGCACAUUCCAGCUUUGGGUCACUGGUGGUUUGAAUUCCUGACCUUGGGGAUUUGAAUUGAUUGGCUGAGUGGGGGGGAUUCUGUCCCCGCAUUUUAGAAUCUUGAAUCUGUUCCUAUUACUUGAGGGAUUCACCUUUGAGGCAUGGAUUGCAAAGAUCACAGUGUCCCCUCUCAUCAUUCUGUCAUGGCUCGUGAUCAGGGCUUUUUUUCUGGGAAAAGAGAUGGUGGAACUGCACAAUGAUGUAACUUUGGGUUAGCUGGAACAAGGGGGGGAGUUUUUUGAAGUUUAAAUCACCCUUGGUGAAAAUGGUCACAUGGUCAGCCUCUGUCUGGAGAUCAGGGGACAGGGCCACUGGCCAUGUGACCAUUUUCAAGAGGUGCUGGAACUCCGUUCCACUGCGUUCCCGCUGAAAAAAAGCCCUGCUUGUGAUCAACAUUGUGGUCAGUAUCCCAGAUCUCUGCGGCGUGUUUCUGUGUAGCAUUUGCAGAAUUUGCUGGGGGGGGGGGGACACAGCAAGAGAAGGAUGGUUUGUCUCUCUCAUAGGUCUUCCCAGAGGAGAAGAGUAAGGGUGUGCUCCGUGCCUUUGCUGAGGUCUCGAUGCCCUACUUCCAGUGAGCGCAUCCACACAGCAUGGACUAGUGGGAGAAGUUUUUCAUGCCAAUCUGAGAGGAUGAGCUGUGGCUCCAGAACUUCCAGCUGACCCAUAGACCCUUCUAUGAAAUCAGGCCUCCUCUGGAUCGCCAGUGAGGGCGGUGAUUCUGGUGGAGAAGAAGGUGACAAUGACUGUGUGGUACCUCACCAACCCGUUUUUACCACGUAAUGUGAGAAAAGUUCAAGGUUGGCCUGCCCAGUAUGGAGAAGAUAGUACUGGGGGGAUGCACCAUCAUGGAUGUGGAGCUACGUUGCAAGAUGGUGUGCCUCAGGAAUCAGGUCAGAAAGGUAUUACCGUUCCACUGGGCCUGCAAAAUGGAGAUGUUCCACCAGACCUAUGAGAGUGGUUGAGGGGUGGCGAACUAUCCUGCUGGACCUUGGCCUGGUCUGCUCCACUGCCAAAGCCUAAUAGAGAUCUGUCGGGCCUACCCACGCCGAUAUGUAUUGAAGUUACCACUCUGCCACAUCUUGGAGGUCCUUGUUGGACUGUGUUUUACUGUUUUGUAUGGUUUUUAAAUUGUAUUUAUAUAUUGCUGUAAUUGCAGUUAAUAUCAUGUUGUGACCUGCCCUGAGCCUGGUUGUGGGCAGGGUGGGAUAUAAAUCCAAUAAAUAAAGAAAUAAGUGCACCCAUU